CGCCAUGUUUUGAUGUCGUCAUUCCCCCUGCACCCCCCCCAGUAAUCUCCAUUCAAUCUCCAUUCCACUAGUGUUUUCCGUCGUGUCAUUUUAAUGCUAUUUGUCGGCUCCUCUCCUCGCUCUUUCGCCCCUUUUUUCACGUAAUUAUUUAUCAUAAUCAUAACUUUUACGUGUCUCGUGUGUGUGCGUGUAUGUGGGUGCGUGCGUGAGUGUGUUUAUCGAUCAUUAUCAGUAAUAAUAAACUUUCAGCUCCGUUCAUUGAUAUGUUACUUAUGUGUGCCAUUUGAGUAGUGCAGUCCAAACAAUUUGGAACAAGGAGUCAAAGGCGUCAGGUGUAACACGUAAAAAUUGAAAUAUUUGUUGGGAGCUUGAUGUUCGUGAAAGCAUCGGCGGAGCGGGGGGAGUCCGCCCGCGUCCUCAUCUACGCGGUGGUCGAAUCCUAGAGGAUGCAACCAAAGGAGCCACUAUAGAACUUGCUGAAUAGCCAACAACUAUUUGUCGAUAACUCCUGCCAACUGGGUUACAUCACUCAAAGAAAAGAACCUAUCAAUUAAAAGACAGAACAAAAAGGGAAAAAAAAGGUGCACACACACACCCCCACUUUGAAUUAUUUUCAACGGGAGAAAUAAAGUGCGCUUUGGAUUUUUCCAUUUUUUUCAUUUUAAAACGGGACUUUUGGAGUUCUUGUGAAUAGUUUCCAAUUAGUUAUGGAGUUGAGAUUACAUUCACCAGCGGGAGCCGAGCCCAUCGUUUAUCAGUGGCCACUUACCUCUGGAUCGGGUUCUGAUCGUCAUGACGGAGCAUUGGACGUGGUGGAGACAAUGAGAUGGGUGUGUGAAGAUUUACCGGAUUUAAAACUGCCAUUGGAGAAUAACAUACUCGUUGAAUAUGAUACGAGGGACUUUGAGAGCAUGAAAGCCCUCUGCGAUCGUUUCAACAGGGCUAUUGACAGUCUAGUUCAACUCGAAAAGGGAACCAGUUUACCUUCACAAAGACUGAAUAAACGUCCGACUAGAGGGCUACUUCGUCAUAUUCUCCAACAAACAUACAAUCAAGCUGUUGUUGAGCCAGAUAAGCUCAAUCAGUAUGAGCCUUUUUCACCUGAAGUUUAUGGAGAAACUAGUUAUGAGCUUGUUUGUCAAAUGAUCGAUCAAAUUGAAAUAACUGAGGAUGAUGUUUUUGUGGAUUUGGGCUCAGGUGUCGGGCAAGUUGUUUUACAGAUGGCUGCAGCAACCACUUGUAAAAUUUGUCUUGGCGUUGAAAGAGCCGAUGUGCCUUCACGUUAUGCACAGGGUAUGGAAAUAAAUUUUCGCAAAUGGCUAAACUGGUAUGGUAAACGAUGUGGUGAUUAUCGUCUCGUAAAAGGUGACUUUCUCGCAGACGAGCACCGUGAGAGUAUAACUAGUGCAACAAUAGUGUUUGUCAAUAAUUUUGCAUUUGGUCCAACUGUUGAUCAUCAAUUGAAGGAACGUUUUGCUGACUUACGCGAUGGAGCUCGUAUCGUCUCGUCAAAAUCAUUCUGCCCUUUGAAUUUUCGAAUUACAGAUCGAAAUUUGAGUGAUAUUGGCACAAUAAUGCACGUAUCCGAAAUGACUCCACUGAAAGGCUCAGUUUCUUGGACCGGUAAACCCGUGUCUUAUUAUCUCCAUGUAAUCGACAGAACAAAACUUGAGCGUUAUUUCCAUCGUUUGAAGAACAACAGACUGGGUGGACCAGAAAUUGAAAAUACUGAUUCUGUGAUAAGCAACACUGCCAGCAACCAUAGUAAAAUAUCAAUUAGAUCAGACAGAGGUGAGAGGGCAAAGCGGGAUCUUUCGCGGCAGCUAGAGAGUCCAAAUAAUAAUGAAUUAGUGGGUACCAAUAGUGAUUCAGACGUCGAUGAAAAUCUGAAAAGUAAACGACAAACAAAGAUUCAUCGGAAAUUGAAUCGAAAAGUAGCCGGUGCAGCGAUCGUGAGACAACAAGCAACAAGGGGUAGACAACGUGGUAGAGCUGUUAAGAAGGCCAAACCGAAGAAAGCCAUUAAUAUAUCUGGAUUAGAUUUGUUACACAGUCAGACACUGCUGAGUACGUCGCCACAAGCUAUUGGGAAGAAAUUGCCUCCCGCACCCGGCUGUGUUGAUCAACAUCUUUCAUCCCUUUCGUUGUCGCUGCAGCCACACUCUACCUCAGUCCAUGAGGAACUUAGCAUCCCCCCUGCACCAUCGGCAACACCCUAUGCAUUACAAAUACUUCUCGAUCUCUACAGGGACCAAUUUAUGCUCACUCUCGAGUCCAUGAGAACACCAGCCUAUAAACAAUCAGUUACUGCUGAUCUAACAAAAGAACGUGAACGUAAUUCGAAACUCCAAUCACGUGCUGCACAAUUGGAAAAGCAAAUAAAAGUGUUAAUUGAUGACAGUGUAGCAUUACUUAAAGCUCGCAUGACGGAGUUAGGAAUAAAUGCAACGUCACCUGGAGACCUGCUUGCCAAAGCUAAAGAAAUUGUCCUCAGACAUAAGCAGUUGCAAGCGAAAGCGAGCAAGCUUCAGUCGCAGGUGUCAUCCAUGGAAAAUGAACAGUCACGACUUGCCGCACAGAGGCAUCAAGAAAUUCAAGAUAAAUAUCAUCUCCACAACUCUCCAGCUGUAUUAUCACCCGAUUAUAUUCUUAAGGAAAUUUCGCAGACUCUUUCACAAAGAAAGAAAUUACAUUCACAGGUAUCAAAACUGGAGCACGAAUUGAAUGUUCUUGAACGUACAACGACAGAAAAGCAAGUUGCUCUGUCCCAUCAACAGCGAGAACCCUUUGCCAACAAACAUCCUCAAAAUCACUACACACAGCAUAACGGGAAAACAGCAACCUCCCGUAAACACCGUGACACGCGCUCACGCUCUCAAGAAUGGCCAGACGUUCCAGAUAUAGGUAAAAUCCAGGAGAAUAAUCCUGAGAUUCUCGCCCAGAAAAUCCUAGAAACAGGACGUCAAAUUGAAGCUGGACGGAUUCCAAGCCGUCAUAAUUCCGCCUCAAAUCUUUCAAUCAAUAACAAUCGGCCGCGUGUACCCCCAACAAAUUAUAAUUACUCUCCCUCUCAUACCACACCGAGAGAGCAUGUGAAUCGUGGUCAAGAACCGCCGAGGGUGACAAACUUUGAGGAUCGCUUGAAGAGUAUAAUAACAAGUGUCUUAAAUGAGGAUCAGCAGAAUCGUACCAAACAACAGCAACAACAACAGCAACAGCAACAGCAACAGCAACAGCAACAGCAACAGCAGCAGCAGCAGCAACAGCAACAGCAACCUCAAUCUUCCGAGCCUGAUAGAAAACGUCUAGCACUGCCUACCAAUGCCCCAGCACCCGAUUAUACACAGGUUUCACCAGCGAAGCUGGCACUUCGUCGUCACCUGUCCCAAGAACGAUUGUCUUCUCAUAUAUCAACGGAGAAGCCGGUGGACUGUCGCCAGCCAGUUGUUGAGCCUCGAGCACAGACUGCGGAUCAUGGAUUGCUUGGGACAAGAACUAUUGGAGAUUUAGUGAGUGGCGAAAUCGAGAGAACCCUCGAAAUAUCGAAUCAAUCAAUUAUAAAUGCAGCGGUCGACAUGAGUGGUAUUAUAAGACCGGAAACUGUUUACUCACCAAUAUCGAGACCAGCGAGUGCUGAAGGUGAUACUGGACUUGCAACAUUAGCACAUGUUGCCAGUUAUGCCCCGACCUCCUCAUCAGUGACAACACCCACAGCUACACCAUCGAGAUCAUCAGUUUUAUUCACACCGGCUAAUCAAAAUCAACGUUAUACCCCAGUGCAACUGCCAAGGGCUGAUAUUAAAUUCUAUCAUGAAUCAUACUUUGCUGAUAAUCCAUCGACGAUUAAUGAAACUCAAUCAACAGCUUCAGUUCAACCUUCACAAGGGGCCAAUGGUAAUGGCAAUGUUCCUGUUGAGGGACUUGCUGCCUCAUUACAUGCUAGGAUACUAAAUAAUCACAGUGGAAAGAGUGAGCAAAAUAGUCGAAGAUAUGCCCCCUAUCCUAGGUACAACAAUACGACGGACAGAGUACCAUCACCCCCAAUUCAAUCUUCUAGUGUAAAAAUUGAAACGAGUGUUUCAUCUGUUAGUACCAGUGGUGCACCACUCAGUCCACCAGCUGAACCACACUCUAAUACUUCAACGCCUCUUGUUGAUGAGCCACAAAUGAGUAAUCAACGACAUCGAAAUGGCAUUGGUGAUGAUGACGGUGAGGCAGAUUGGCAAGAUCGAAUAAGCUCUGGUUUCGAUCGUUUGGUGGCAUUUGCCUCAACAGAGCUUGAUAAACGUCGAAGAUCAACCGAAGGUGUCAAUACGAGUCCGGACAGUGGAUUGGGAUCUGAUGCGGCAAUUGGCCCACCUCCCGUUAUUCCCUCACCUGAUGAAGCUAUUGGCCCGCCUAGAACCCCGUCACCUACGAGUCCACGUCCACCCAAUGUAUCAAAUAAUAAUACAUCCUCAUCAGUACCCUUAAAAUAUCAGCGUCAACAGGAUCCUGAGCGUCACCACUUCAAAAAGAAAUUUUUCCACCGCGACUGGAAUAACUCUAGUAGUACCAGCAAAUUUCGACCCAAGGGCAAGGACUGGGAUUGGCAUAAUCAUUCGGGUCACUGGCCAUCCAACGGCGAACAAUCAUAACUUCAUAAAAAAAUUCAUUUUUCUUCUAACCAAUUACACCCUUUGCCCAUUGUUGUCGUUUACUUAUUCUCUUUUUAAUUAUUUUAAGAUAUGAAUGCAUUACAUUUCCAACAUUAUCUGGAUGAGUUUUGUGGUUAUGUAUUGGAAACAAUCCAGAUUACGUUUGAAAGACGAUCGAAUCGAGUGUUACAGCAAGGAUGAAUGACAGUUUCAACAUUCUAUAUUCAAUUUCGGUUACGUUCAUUUUUACGAAUGCAUGUGAAUUUUUUGGCAUUAGUCGUUUUACGAAAAAAUAUUGGAGUUAUAUUUUUUUGGUGAUUUUUUUUUUAUUUACAACUUUGUGUUUUAUUAAUAGUUAAUUUUUGAAUAAUUAUUUUGGCAGAUAGCAUUUGCUUCCGUAUUACUCAUUGCUUAUGGGUAUGUAUUUGGAGUUACAAAAACGGUAUAGGAAUUAUUACAUUGAAGGAUGAAUUACCCCUACAGAGAGAGACUGAUGCAAUGAUUAGUUUAUGAAUAUUUAUUAAGAAAAUGAAAUACAAUAGAAAACCUGUGUGUGUUCGUUGUUUGAGCGUGGUAUGGCAGGGAAAUAUGAUAUUCCUCUAGUAUGAUUUUUCACAUGUAUUUAAAGAUCAAUAAAAUGACUGAUGUGUUCAUAUUGUAAUAACUUGACUGUAGAGAUAUGGAACAGAUAAAUGACCCAGAUGAUGUAGAAUAGCAAA